CCUGUGCAAGCCCUCUGGGGAAAGAGAGAAAGUGACAAGGGAAGGAAGGAACACUAAACAAUCCAUCAAGAGAGAUAAGUGGAGCUAAUUUAAGGCUUGAGAGACAGAAGAAGGGCGAAAUCAGGCAUUUUAUUCUUGCUUUUCAGUCUCAUGCCGGCUUUCCCUCAUUACCCUUUCCCUUGUUUGUCCUAAAUCUCUUUACUCGCAAUCUUAACGUGCGGCCUGUUCCAGCAUGCCCACAAACGGAAUUAACAGGGCCCUGAAGCUGCAGUUUGGCCUCAUCAAUUAUGAGAAUCGCUACCUGACGGCUGAGGCCUUCGGCUUUAAGGUGAAUGCCUCAGGCACUAGCAUGAAGAAGAAACAGAUCUGGACCUUGGAGCAGGAUGAGCAAGAUGGCCAAGUUGUGUUCCUCCGCAGCCACCUGGGACGUUACCUGGCCUCUGACAAAGAUGGGAAGAUCACAUGCGGGGCAGAGAAGCCUGACACUGACUGUCGUUUCCUUAUUGUGCCCCAAUCUGAUGGUCGCUGGGCACUGCAAUCAGAGCCUUACCUGCGUUACUUUGGAGGCUCGGCUGACUACCUGUCCUGCUUUGCCCAAGUCAUUGGGGAACAAGAGCUGUGGGCCGUCCAUUUGGCUUUACACCCGCAGGCCAGUCUGCUCAGUGUGGCACGUAAGCGCUAUGCCCAUCUGUCUGCUUCAGAUGGAGAAAUCUCAGUGGAUAGCAACAUUCCCUGGGGAGUGGAUUCCCUGGUCACCUUGGUAUACCAGGACGGCAAGUACAGCCUGAAGACCUGCGACAGCCGUUUCCUAAGCAAUGAUGGCAAACUGGUGAAGGAGAACACCAAUACUACUAGCUUCACACUGGAGCUGAAAUCUGGCAAGCUGGCUUUUAAGGACUGUGAUGGCAAGUAUCUGACCCCAGUGGGUCCCACAGGAACACUGCGUUCUGGCCGUUGCUCCAAGCCUGGAAAAGAUGAGCUGUUUGAUCUUGAGGAGAGUCACCCACAAGUAGUUUUUCAAGCCGCCAAUAAAAGAUUUGUCUCGGUCAAGCAAGGAGUGAGUAUUUCAGCCAAUCAGGAUGUGGAGACAGACAUGGAGACCUUUCAGAUGGAGAUUGAUAAGGAGAGCAAAAAGUCCAUGUUCAGGACCAAUGGCGGAUCCUACUGGACUCUAGUGUCUCACGGAGAGAUCCAGUCCACUGCCACAGAAGUUGAGGUCAACACAAUGUUUGACAUUGAGUGGCGAGGACAGAGGGUGGCACUCAAAGCAAGUAAUGGAAAGUAUGUGUGUACCAAGAAGAAUGGGCAGCUCUCAGCAGUCAGCGAUACAGUGGGUGAUGAUGAAUUAUUGCUGAUGAAACUCAUCAAUCGCCCCAUGCUGAUCCUCCGAGGAGAAACCGGCUUUGUGUGUCACCACAAGAACUCCAACACUCUGGACGCAAAUCGAUCUGUCUACGACAUUUUCUCAUUGAUCUUCAAUGACGGCGCCUAUAACGUCAAAAGUGUGAAUGGAAAGUUCUGGUAUGUCUCUAGCAGUGGCCUGGUGUGCUCAGACGGAGAAAAGCCAGAGGACUUUUUCCUUGAGUUCCUGGAACAUGGACGCAUCGCCAUCAAAGGUUCCAAUGGCAAGUACCUCCGUGGCGAUCAGGGAGGCACACUUAUGGGUGAUGGUACAUCUGUCGAUGCAUCUUCUCUCUGGGAGUACUGAUCCCCCUCAGUAACGGUCCUGAAAGAGAGCCCAAAAUGUGGAUGCAGGACCCGCUUCUAUCAGCCCAUUUGAAGCAGACUGACAGGGUAACAUUUUCCUGCCUGUUUUUAUACUAGCUUCCAGGUGCCCGAUCCCAUGUUUUUUGUUUUUUUUAAAUUGGGAAGAAGUGAAUGCUGUAGGAAGAUAUGUGUGUUUUUUCUUGCAAAUGUUUAACGUUUUGUCUUUCAAAUGACAAUGCCAAUAUCAAGCAACAUAUACUGAGUGAAAAUGUAUAAUUUCAUAUGUACGGAAUAAGAAAGUGACUGUCCCAGUUCCUUCAGACACAUUUUGUUCAAUAUAGGUACAGUGACAACACAAUAUCAUUGCAGGCAGCCACACUGCUCAGGCACUAAACAGAGCAAAAUUUAACAAAAUAUGUUGCUUCAUAACUUGGUUUGUCGCUCCCUUUGAGACAUUUUCUGUUCUAUUCAGAAACCAUGUCCAUGAAUGGCAAAAAACAAACCUUUAGUUGUUCUGCUGCCAAUAAAUUCCACUGGCUAAACAGACUAAAUAUCUCCAAAAGUUCAAAAAACCUUUGCAGAUUUUUUCCUAUCAAAACUGAUAUAAAUCUGGCAAAGAAAGACAGACACAUCAGUCCUGAACAACAUUCACACUCUGACUGAGAAUCGGUCAUAGACAAUGACAGAUCAGUGUGGCUGCAUCCUAAGUUUUAGUUCAGACAUACAAGGUUCUUCAUUUAUGGACAGAAAAUUAGCUUAAUUUGGUUUAGGAGGACAUUAGUCGGUUAUGAUUAUCUGGAUCUUACUUCUGUAUCCUCUGUCAACAGCUCCAGCAUGUUUGUUUACAGCUUUUACAUGAUUUCAAUACUUGACAUGUUCUGUAAGAACAGCGUAGUCAUUGAUGUCACUCUAAGCAAAGGUAAUGCAACGUUGUCUUCAAAGACAGCGAAUGGCUGGUGCCAGUGGGGUUUUUUUGUCCAUUUAUCUUAAUUGACCAUUUACAGCUUCCAUAAAAGCACAAUAUAGAGCAAAUGAAGUGGACAGGAGCAAAUAGACUGUAUCAGGCACUUCUGCAAUGCUGAGAAAUGUAUAUGCAAGGACAACUUAAGUCAGCACCAGUGCAAACAGAAAUACAUUUGUUGAAAUAGGUGUGUAAUACAUAUAGAAAUACAGAGAUCAGACAUGUUCAGGAACUAAUAUCAGUAGAAAUGUCACAUGAGCACAUUUAAAGCAUCUGAUGGACUAUUUAUCAUUUUUAAUGUACCAGGUGUGAACUCAGAAAGUGCUUCGCUGGUGUUCUACCUAGGGGCCUUAAACCAUACUGCAUUCUAUAUCCCUUUAUACCCAGUUCUCAUGUUCAAACUUGGGUGGUAAGAUUAGAAAAUAUAAUGGAUUUUGAUAACAGAUAUUUUUGAUAAAGGAAGAUUUCUUACUGGAACACUUAUGAGUGGAAUGAGCCUCAUUAGAUCAUUAAAACAGUGAAAUCUUGUAAAACACGACAAAGAAGCAAACGUGUUUGAAUACAAAUCUUAAAAUAAUGCUUGUUCUCUGUUUACCCACACUCAAGAUGAGAAGAUGCAAUGAAUUUCCUUUGUGAAAUGAGUGCUUUGUGUGCUCACUUUGCCCAGCUCCAAUGUGUCAACAAACUGCUCUGCCCUCAGACAGCUUUGGGGUUUCUGAAAAAACAUUUUUCACUCCUGACAAAGCUGAGCUUCUGCUUAUACCCUCUGCUUCCACUCUUUGCACACAGCUCAACCAAAGAUGCCCCACUGAAACUGAUAAGAAUCUCCCCAUCAAACUGGAUAAAACAGCAAAAAAUGUAUUUCACAAAAGAGUGUUUUCUUAGUAACCUACCUAACACUGCUUUUAUAAAAUGAGAUCAGUAGCCUCUAGUUGACCCUUAGCCAGCUCAGCGCUGUUAAACAAGAUUUUUUUUUCAAUAUUUUGACUCAAUCCUUCACAUUAUUCACUGAAUUGAUUACUCCUGACACCCAUCAAAUCGCUAAGGGCACAAGCUGCCCAGACCUUUUUUGAAACAGAUGUUGGUGUGCAGUGCAGAGAACAAUCUGAACCUGUAUACAGUUUAUUCUGUAGAUUUUUUUGUCAGUUAUUUCCCAAGAAGAAAUAAAAUCUGCAAUAGUUCAAGUGUAAUAUCUAAACCAAUGGUUGUGUGACGUGUGCAAUUUGCAAUUAAUAGAGAAACAUUUUAGAAAGCAAGGUCUAAAAGGCUUGCUCACCUGUGCACCCUGUAUCAGCUCCAUAGAGAGCCUCUGGCCAUAUUUUAGAAUGUAUUUAAAAUAUACGUAGAUGUUUGUUGUUUUACUAUCUUUGUUUGCUGAUAUUAUUUUUGAAAAUGUUGAUAACAAUAAAAACUUGACAAUGUCUUUGUUCACUCUGGCACUAGAACUGUAUGCAAAGCUAUGAAAAUGUUUGUCACAUCUCUACUCUGACUCAGUAGUUUGGAUGGCAGAUGGGGUUGGCCAUUUAUAGUGGGGUUGGGGUGUUUGGAACCCUGAGGUUCCAAACACAUCAAAGUGCCCUUGAGCAAGACACUGUACCCCUAAAUGUUGCACAACAAACAAUUUAUAAAAUAUUUAACUGGACUAAAUUAUUAUAUUCGAUCUAGCUGUGCUAGCUCCAGGGUUCUGACAUAGUACACACUGGCUCAACAGGAGACUUAAAUACAACUGGGAUAUCAUUAAUGUUAUUAGUUGCACUUGUGCCUUUUCUGCUAUGACUAAAAUGUCUGCUGAAAAGGGCUG